AACAACCAACUAUUUUCAUUAUAGCUCUUAAAAGAAAAAGAAAAUUAAAAUUUAACUGCAUGAAAUAUGGCCAUCAUCGACACUAUAAAAUCUAUUUUGUCGGUAAAACUCAAACCGAGGCACGACACUUAUACAGAUCAAUUUUCCCGAAUAUUUCUCGUUAAAGUCUUAAUGAUCAGUGCUUUGCUCGUCGGUUUAAAUUGGUACAACGAAAAAGCAGAUUGUAUCAUUCCAGCUAAAUUAGGUCUAGAUGGCAAAUUCGCAGCUCAAGCAUGUUGGAUCAACGGAUUUUACGUUUACGAAGAAAUCAGAUCGCAUGCAAACGAGGUGGGAUUUUAUGGUAUACCCAGAAAUGCAAGGUUUGAUGGCAGGUAUCAGGAAGGAGAACUUUGUGAAGUUGGGGGUGACCAGGCUAAUCGUAACAGAGCCUGUAUGCCUAUGAAGAAAACUUUUUUUCUGCAAUAUCAGUACAUGACGUUUGUAAUGGCAAUACUUGCAAUGUUCUACUACAUGCCAUACGCCAUUUUCAGAUUGGUUAAUCAAGACAUUGCCUCGCUCAAAGGAUCACUUAAAGAUUCAACUGCUGACGUCAUUGUCAACACUUACUUUAACUAUCAAGUCAACACAGUAUCUAAACUUCGAGGACGUAUCCUUGGUAACCUUGGCGUCAAAGUUAUCUACAUCGUCGUCAACGUUGCAGCUUUUAUAAUCCUUGACGGAAUUCUUAAUGGCGUAUUUCGAUCUUAUGGGCCUGCAUGGAUGAACUGGUCGAAGUUAAAUAAUACGAUGGCGUAUGAUUACAUGGGUAAGAGAAACUACCCAAAGCCUGGAAACGAGCUGCUUCCAACAUUUGGCUUCUGUGAGGUCUUCGAAAUUGCUAAAGAUGUCCUUCACACAAAAAUUAACAGACACAAAAUCGUGUGCGAGCUGAGUCAACAUAUUUUGUACCAAUACGUGUUCAUCAUUUUGUGGUUUGCAAUGGUGUUUGGGAUUGUGGUUUCUGUGAUUGGAUUAUUGGUACAAAUUGUUGGUCACUUAGUCACUGUUCUCUGCUUCCAGAAGGCUGGAAACCAUGCUAGACAAAUGUACAAUGCAUUGACUCUACGUGAAUGCGAAUAUCUAGAGUUCAUACGUCGAAAGAACGUUCCAGUUUAUGGUCAAGUCAUUGAAAAACUGAAGAAGGACCGUUUAGGCGGCUUGACAACAAAACAAUCCUCAUUCGUUGAUGACAACCACAAUGGUAAAAACGCAUAGCAAUCCGUUUUACGAGUCAAGUUGCCAUUCGUGUCACUGCAACAUGAAACCACAGAAUUUGCAGGAAUAAGUGUUUUGGAGAGUACGCACCAUAUUUUUAACAGAUUUUUUAGGUGUAGAUAGUUUGUCGCAGCUUUACUCGUAUUGAUAAUGAUCACUUAGUGUGUAACAAGCCUUAGAAGCGUGUAUAAUUUUUGUCAUAUAGUAUUUUUACUAUUUGAAAAGAUACUUUUUGUAUAUUGCUGUAUUACGAUAUAUUUUUUACUAUAUCAUAUAAUAUAUGUUUUGUCAGUGA